CACCUGGUGGCGUGUAUUCACGCCCAUUCGGCGUGCAGACUUGUGGAAGAUCCGUACGGAGGGGAUGUGGCAACACUAGACAUGGUACUGUCAGCGUCAUCUUUUCCUUUCCGGGGAUGCCUUUUUAUGAUUUUAUGAUAUUCCGUUGCUUAUACUGUAAGCACAAUUCAAGGAGCAUAACCCGCUGACGGUCACGGCCAGACGCCGUGCUGAAGCGAACUGGCUGAGGGAGGAAAUGCGACGUCAUUCAAAGAAGAAUGUUGUUUUGGCAGUGCUGCUUAUCAUCGGAGGAUUAUAUUUCAUUAGCCAUUCAAACUUCCUUAUUGCUGGCCCAGCAAGGCCACAGGAACCAAUUCCAAAUGAGUUAACUUGGCAAACCGAGAGGUUGGUUAGCAAGGAGUCCUGGGUGGAACAGGGAGAUUACCUGCCUCUCAAUGUGACCUAUCAGCUGCUUGCUGGAGCACCCUCCACUCAACAGAGGUAUUUAUCAGUUGGAUUAUCCUCGGUGAAGAGGAAGAAGGGCAGCUAUCUAAUCCCCACCUUGCAGUCCCUCUUCUCCCAGUCCUCUCCUGAAGAACGCUCCUCCAUGGUGGUGGUAGUGCUGCUAGCAGAUUUCGAUGUCAGCUGGAGAGUCACUACAGCGAGGGAGAUCAAAACUGCAUUUGCCUCGGAGCUGGAACAGGGCCAGCUGGUGGUCCUCCACGUUCCUCAGGAUGUUUACCCUCCUGUUACAGGUCUAAAGAGGAACUACAACGAUGCUCCAGAAAGGGUAUCGUUCCGCUCCAAGCAGAACCUGGACUACUCCUUCCUGAUCCACUACAGUGCCAGCCUUGGUCGAUACUACCUCCAGCUGGAGGACGAUGUCUCCUCCGCAAAAAAUUUCCUUUCCACCAUCAGGAGGCGCGUUGAGGAGCAAGAGGCGAAGAAGACCACCUGGGCAAUGCUGGAGUUCUCGGCCCUCGGCUAUAUUGGCAAACUCUACAAAUCAACUCAUCUUCCUCUCCUGGCCCGCUUUCUCUUCCUCUUCUACCAGGAAAUGCCCUGCGACUGGUUGAUGACGCGCUUCCGAGAGUUGAUGACUCAGAAAGAGACAAUCAUCUUCAAACCCUCGCUGUUCCAGCACAUGGGGACUUUCUCCUCGUUCCAAGGGACGUACAACAAGCUGAAGGACAAGGACUUUGAGGAGGGGCUCUAUACCAAUCCUUUGGCUGAGGUUUAUUCUGAUAUGUCGACCUACAAGAACCAAUUCCCCAAACUGGCCUGGGAACCUGGCGAGGGAUUUUUCUGGGGGCGCUCCCCGGAAAAAGGAAAUCACCUGACUGUGGUGUUCACAGACCCGACAGUAGUGACGGGGGUGUAUGUAGAAACGGGGUCAGGGGGCAAAGACCUCCUAGAGUCGGCUCAGGUGGAGCUAGGCCACGACGUGAUUACCACAGAGAAAGAGGAGAAGAGUUGUAAAGAGUUCCAGUCAGUGGGGACGUUAGAGAAUGGGAAGUUUGAGAUGCAGGACGUGGACAAACGGUAUGGCUCUGCCUCUUCCUGUCUGAGGAUACAAGUCACAGCUGCACAGAAGGAUUGGGUGAUCAUCAAGAAAAUCAGGAUCUCAACAAAGCUGAGUACACCUUCACGCCAAGCCUAGGAGUGAAAUCUUUCUUCCUGCUGCCGAUGAAUAAUUUCUUUUUUUUUUUUCUGCGGGACGUUGCGUGCAGGCUGAACACGUGACUUUAGUGCCUUGUUUAACAGUUUCAUUGACAACACAACAAUCCAGGUCUUGGCGACACUGUGGAGCUACUGUCGAUGAAAAUGUCUGAUUAAGCUGUGUGAUAACGUGUUAUGUCUUUUCAACGUGAGGGGAUUUGCGAUGAUAAAAGUUCAUUCAUCUAUAGGCAAGCAGCUCCAGGGGGCCAGAUAUAACGACGUGUACGCACAAAACC